GGGAGCCGGGGCUCCGCGCGUGCGCAGACGGAGCGCGCUGAGCGGAGGGGGAGGUGGCUGCCGCUUCUCCCGCGUCCGCCAUUUUGUUGCUGUAGCUAUUGGGAACGAGCUGGGCAAAACCACCCCGGAGGCGCGACGCUCCUUCGAGUUCGGUGCCUCGUGUGACGGCGGGGGUCGGUGAAGACCCGUGGAGCUGCGACGCCGGCGCGUUCCAGGCCGGGAGUCACUGGAGGCACCCCUGGGACGCCGAGCAGCCCGAGAACCCCGGGGUGGCCUCAGCUGCGGCUCGGCUUUGAGUGCCCUGACCCCCCGGCUCUGCCCUGCAUUCCCGGGCGGCUCUCCGUGAGGCGGCCCCGGAGCAGGCGGGCGGCGUUGGAGGAUGCUGCGGGCCUGGAGCCGAGAGGAAAGUGCUGGCCCAGCCCUCUGAGCGCUCCUCGAGGUGUGCGAGAGGCCCUUCCUCGGCCCCAAAGCCGUCUGCCGGGCUAAGGCGUGCAGAGCAGGCGAGGACAGCCGCCGCCCCUACCGCCGCAGAGUCCCCGGCCCGACACCAUGUCCUCUGCCAGGUUCGACUCCUCGGACCGCUCCGCCUGGUACAUGGGGCCGGUGUCUCGCCAGGAGGCGCAGACCCGGCUCCAGGGCCAGCGCCACGGUAUGUUCCUCGUCCGCGAUUCUUCCACCUGCCCUGGGGACUAUGUGCUGUCGGUGUCCGAGAACUCGCGGGUCUCCCACUACAUCAUCAACUCGCUGCCCAACCGCCGUUUUAAGAUCGGGGACCAGGAGUUUGACCAUUUGCCGGCCCUGCUGGAGUUCUACAAGAUCCACUACCUGGACACCACCACUCUCAUCGAACCCGCGCCCAGGUAUCCAAGCCCACCAAUGGGCUCUGUCUCAGCACCCAACCUGCCUACAGCAGAAGAUAACCUGGAAUAUGUACGGACUCUGUAUGAUUUUCCUGGAAAUGAUGCCGAAGACCUGCCGUUUAAAAAGGGUGAGAUCCUAGUGAUAAUAGAGAAGCCUGAAGAACAGUGGUGGAGUGCCCGGAACAAGGAUGGCCGGGUUGGGAUGAUUCCUGUCCCUUAUGUCGAAAAGCUUGUGAGAUCCUCACCACACGGAAAGCAUGGAAAUAGGAAUUCCAACAGUUAUGGGAUCCCAGAACCUGCUCAUGCGUACGCUCAACCUCAGACCACAACUCCUCUACCUGCAGUUUCCGGUUCUCCUGGGGCAGCAAUCACCCCUUUGCCAUCCACACAGAAUGGACCUGUCUUUGCGAAAGCAAUCCAGAAAAGAGUACCCUGUGCUUAUGACAAGACUGCCUUGGCAUUAGAGGUUGGUGACAUUGUGAAAGUCACAAGAAUGAAUAUAAAUGGCCAGUGGGAAGGCGAGGUGAAUGGGCGCAAAGGGCUUUUUCCCUUUACGCAUGUCAAAAUCUUUGACCCUCAAAACCCAGAUGAAAACGAGUGAUUGCCGUUGCCCCAUUUCCUGCUGCUUUGUUGUUCUGCCUGUCCUAGUCUCCUUUGAAGUGGGAAAGCAUUCUCUCUCAUAGGCAAGUCACACUGCAUUGCCGAAGUCCAGCUUUCUGCAGACUGGCAGUCGCACACACAUUUGGAAUGCACACAGCGACUGCCUCCUGACGUUUGUAUCAUAGUCGUAUUGUCAAAGAGUAGCCGAUUUUAGAGUUCUUUUGGAUCAUAAACUGGAAAUACUGAUGGAAGCACACAAGUGGAGAGAAGUUGACGAGGAAAGGGUCUUUCUUCUCAUCGCUGCCUGUUUGUACAUGGGACUGAUUCUGUCGUGUUCAUCAGAGAAAGCCUGAGGCCAUGGCGAGAUACUGCAUGUUUGCUGUUCCACAAAGCAGUGGCUCAGCUGCCAUCUUACUUUUCUUUGGACAACAGGAA